AUGGAGAAUACUCCCUCUACAGCUCGCAAACGAAGCAGUGUCCGGCGCGCCAACCAUGUUCCCCGUGCGCACGUGCAGGCGUGCCCUGUCUACAUCAAAAGCCUCGAGGAUCGGGUCGCUGAGCUUGAACUCGCCUUGCAGGGUCAUGGAUUGGACACCGAAUCUCUCGCCGGGAGUCGCAUCUCUCAAGACGCUGCUGAAGCCACCCCCGAGCCCCGACGGUCAACCGAUCUGAACUUGCUGAGUCUUUUCAUACCAGAACCAAGCGAUGUACAAGACAAAGGAACUUCCGGCUACCAUGCUCUUCUUGGUGCCAUCACCGUGCCAGAAAGGACCAAGUUCCCUCCCAAGUCUACCACUCUUCAACUUGCGGCUACCUACUUUGAACACUCAAACUUUUUCUCCCCCAUCCUUUAUCAAGAAUCAUUCCACGAAAUAAUCACCGUCUUGUAUCAUGAUCUACCGAAUGUCGACCAAGGCAAACCAGCCCAGAAAUUCCAACUCUGCAUGGUGCUAGCCAUCGCCAUCAGGCUUCUCAACCGUAUCGACUCUGCUGUCCCGACAACAGCAUCAGACUCGUUUUUUGCCUCUGCUAUUGGAAUUCUGACAGAGCGGCCGCAGGCUACCUGGAAAGGCAACCUCCAGCAUUUACAAAACCUCCUUCUUAUUGUUCAGUAUACAAUCUUUGCAUCCAAUCUCUCGGCAGCAUGGCACUUUGUUGGUCUGGCAACGCGUCUUGCUAUCGACCUUGAUCUACUGAACGAGACUCGUCUUUCGAGCGGCAAUAGCGAAGAAGUCAUCUUGGAUGCCGAGACCAACAAGAGACGGCGUGUAUUUUGGUCAACUUACAUUCUCGAAACGAACCUCUGUGUUGUCCUCAAUCGUCCCCGGUCAAUACCUGACGAGGCAGUCUUCACACCCUUGCCCUCAACAAGUGGCCCAGAAUCCUGCAGCCCCCUGGCAAACCAUUGUAUUGAAUUUCGCCAGCUGGAAUACGAGAUAUAUCACACGCUCAACUACAAGCCCCCAGCAAAUGGUGCCUUUUUCGAUUACAAAGUUUGGAAGGUGGGCAUGAAGGAUCGACUUGUUGAGUGGCACGCUACUGUCCCCCCAGUUGAUACAAGAUCAAAGCUGGCACCCCAGAACUUCUUCGAUGGCGCUCUGUACAUGACGCUUGUAUCGCUCUUCUCACCAUCACGCCAUUUUCCAGAUCUUUCGGAACCCGAACUACGGGAUUUGGCCCGAUACGCGUCGAUGAGUAUAGAGCUCUAUCGGGAGGGGUUCAAAGAGGGGAAGUUGAGAUUCUACUGGCGAACAACACCAAACCUCUUCCAGUCUGGUGCAGCAUUGGUUCACUGCAUCAAGAGUCUCACGUUGCGGGGGUCGGUAUUCGACGUUGAUGCUCUCAAAAGGAGUGUUUCUGUGUGCUCCACUGUUCUUUGGGGCAUGGCAGAACGAUACUCCCCUGGGACGGUGUAUCGUGACCGAUUCGACGAGUUGUCGGCGUCCAUGUCGGAUGUCACAACUGAUCUUUCAUUCGAAAUUUCAGACGAUUUUCCUUUUGGGCAGUUCUCAAUACCGCCAUUGGAUUUGAAUGGAACAGCGGGCAUAUGGACAUCAACACCUCCGACGUUGGACCCAUGGAUAUUUGACCCUACUUGA